UGAUACGCGGUCUGCAACAUGGAUCAGCAGACAGAGAGAUGACAAACAAAGCAUCAAGACUAAAGACUGACUGACUGCUGCUGCUGCACAUUCCAUUUGAAUUGCUACAUCUGGAGAAACAGAGCCUGCUUUGAAGCCAUGGCCUCCAGUCUGUCCCUCCUCCUGCUCGCCCUGUGUGCUUUGACUGUGGCUGAAGCAGGGCUGAGGGUGUUCAACCUACGGGCCACUGAUCUUGUCCCUGAUCCGAUCGGACCCUGUGACGGUUAUGUCAAAUUGUUUCUUGGCUCAGCCAAGCUGGGCACGACAUCCGUCAUUGACAACGAUGACAACCCCUGGUGGGAGGAGGAGUUCGCCUACCUUACAGCCCGGCAGCAUGACGUGCUGAGACUUGAGGUUUACGACCGUGACCUCAUCUAUGAUGACCUGGUGGGAAUAUGCGAGACACAGAUCAAGAAGGGAAACUAUGUGUAUUAUUGCAACCUGGACGAUGACGUCACACUCUAUUUUUCAACAACCCUCAGUUGAAUACAGUCAGUAAGCAUUUAUAAUGAGCAUGCAGCCUGAAUCUCCAUCAGACUGACUCUGAAGAAUCUUGUAUGAUUUCUCAGAGACUAGCUGUGAGUGAUUAGUUGUUGUCUGUCCCCAAUGAUUCCCCAUUUAUGAUUUUUUCUCACAAAUAGUUAAUUUAAGUCACUAAGAUCCAAACUGUUUGAAUCAAUGAAGCUUUUUCUGGCCAUUCGUUUCCAACAGAAAUAAACCGUGCUGCAACAACCAAA